AUGCGUGUCAAUUUCGACAACGACGUUGUCCUCCCUGCCGGAAAGCACACCAUUUUCGCCGUUACCCGCGGCGAUGGCUAUGGCAUCAAUGGCGCGUCAAAUCUCGCUGGGGCCAAUGGAAAUGAUGGUCCUGUGCCUGAGGAAACAGUCACCGACGGCCAGAAUCCGAUCUACACCCCUUGCUCCAACAUGAGCCGUACCAGCGAUGCGGUAUCAGUGGCUAGUGCACCAGCUACUCCUCAGAAUUACGUCCCGGUUGCGGAUAUUGCUGCCCUUGUCGAGUCGCUCAACACUUCCAAAAGCCUUCCCCUCUGCUGGAAAACGCUCAUUGGCAAAUUAAGCUCUCGCCUGGAAGGUACACGUGAUUCAAAUGGAAGAUCCGACUACACCCACGCCGAGCUUUUUACAGACAUUGCCCAGGCCGUAAAUGAAGCACGCACUGGAUGGGAAUGGCCCAAGGAGAUCAUCCGGAAUAUGCCCCGAACUGAGAUCUCCUCGCUCAAGGAGGAUGACGCGACCACCUUUGCAGGUGACCUUCACGGUGCACAGGAGAUGCUGCAAAAGUUCAAGGCGAGCUUAUUCCACUUUCGUGGCAUAGAAGUCUCCGCUGACACAAAGCAGUUGUGGCAGGUAUCAUACACGAUGUGGAACGAGUGA